AUGGGUUUUCCUGCAACCUGUAAGGCCUCAAGUGAAUUCUUGGACGAAUGUCCUUGGACGGACAAGAACUUUACGAUAAUCUGUCGCUUGAGAACCAAUCUGAGCUCCCAAGAGCCGGCCACACCUAACCAUUACCAUUCAGCCUCGCCUGGGAAACCCGCAAACAAUUUCGGUCACGGCCAUUGUUGGCACUCGUGCACAACAAAACGCUCACCUUGAAAUUGCCUAUUUUUCCGGCUUAUUGGCUCAGGUUAUCAUUGGCUGGUGGUUUGGCUGGGAAUACCGCUUUGAAAAAAGAUUUUUAAGUUAUCAAAACUGUUUGAAACUUUCCGAAAAAGCAGACUCGUCGAGAGCUUUUAGUACUGCUUCCAAAAAAGACAAGGCUCUGUUCAAAACUAUCAAAACUUUCAGAACCAGCUACUAAUUCCAUAUUUUUCGCUUUGACUGAAGCUUAUCAUAAAUUACAGGUCUGGUCACUUAUUAGUCCUUCUGUACUGUAUCCAACCUAUUCCAUAGAAUUCUUUCACCGCCGACACCUUCAUAAUAGCCAUUCGCACGUCAUUGUAGUUGACUGUCGGGUCGUCCAAAAAAAAGAGCCGUGAAAAGAAGAAGAAGAGUGUCGGCCCGUGCCUGGCCACUCAUUAUGAAUUUUUGUGCGCGAGAUCUGAGUCAGCCGCCAGCCGACCUGUCACACCUAUACAUUGUCUCUGGAUCGAGUUCAAGUGGUGGAAAAUGUUUUAUGCACCGUUGGGAGUGUUCCAAUCUCUUCCGCAAGUGAAUAAAACUAGUUCUUUUGAUCGGAACAAUUUCCGAAAAUGGUUUUUAGCACCUCCAAUCUUUAUCGUUCUCCCAAGAGCUUCUGGAGACGACCUUGACUUAUUUCAAAAUGAAAACUGUCGUUUUUUUUUUCAAUACGAAAAUCAAUCGAGUUCAAACUAAAGAUCGUGAGAACUUUAUUUUGAGAAGCUCAAUUCAAAACUCAGUCUGCAAUGCUUCGUAAUGGGCUCUCUCAUGAUGAGAAGAAUUUUUUCACACGUAAAAAACAAACCAAUUUUUUUUAUGUAGUUGCCCACAAAUUUGUCGUCCUUCAAACUCGGACCCAUCAGCGCCAAACCUUGAAAUCCGACUUUUUUCCUUUCUUCAAGUUCAUUCCAGCGCCACACCCGAAAGGCCAAAACAAUCGCAGUAAAUCCAAGACAUAAAGCGGCCAUCAAUUCCCAAAAAAGGCGACAGGAAAGACGAACGACGUCAGAUAAGAUCAUCGUUGACGCAAUUUGGUCGGAUCGAUCCAAUCAGCGAGGCCUCAGACUCCUCCAAGAAGAAGGAAAGAAGAAACGAGAACACGGCCGAUAAGGCGGCGACCUUGGCUGCCGCCGAGUUGCUCUUCGAGACCACCGGUGCCAGUCUCCGGGAAAAAAAAGUUCCGAUAGAAAAAGUUUGACUAGUCCAAAACUGUCAAAGUUCUUCUGCGAGACGGAUAAAAUAGAUCUUUCACCUUGCGCCUGUUGAGAUCUUUGAAACUAAAUGACUGGUCGGAGAAGGAAGGAACAGCAAAGAAGAACAACACAGACACUUCGUUUUAACCUGUUUUUUGCCAGAUUAAAAAAAAUAAAACUUGAAGAAAGUGUGAACCUUAGCAUUAAAUUCAUUUUUACACAUUUCGAGGAUUGAGAUUUUUCAGAGUAAAAACCACGUAAAAGGUCUCCCUACUUUAAAAAAUUGAAGUUCCAUCAAAAAAAAUGUUUUUUUCAAUGCGAAGUUAUGCUUCAAUUUUGAGGGGAAGUCUUUAAUACAAAUAUUGAAAACUUUAAUAUUUUUUCGAAUCUAUGAGACUUCAAAACACAAAGUGAAACGUAAAUUUUUUAACAAAAUAUAAUAAGAAGUACUUCUCCAAAAAAUUGAAGAAGAAAAUUACUUCUCUCAAACUUCAAGAGUCACUGAGAAACCGGUUUUUGGAACUGCAGCUAAUUUUACAACUUAAGAGGUCGUUUGAAAAAUAGGUCAAAAGAAGUUCUCAAAGAAAAAAAAAACUCAGAUUUCCAAGAAUAAUUCAAAAGUACCAUCCAUUCAUUUCUCUUUUGGAUUUCAGAACAAGAAAAAGUUUUUAAAAUUUGAAAUUCAGAUAUUUUUUUGUGAUUUUUUUGUGUCUUCAAUAUCAUUUUAACUUACUUUGCUUUUUAAACUUAAUAAUUCCUUAUUUAGCUGAAACCUCUCUGACAUUGCAAAAAAAGCUCCGAUUUCCUGCAAAAAAAGUAAAUUUCAGGAAAAGGACCGAAAAGAAGGCGGAGUCGCCGAGAGGUAAGCCACGCCCACUUUUUCACCUUCGUACAGGUUGCCCUGCAGUCACGUCAGUGUUGACUGUUGUGAGGUGGUGCUCGCCAAGGACAACUCUCCUCUUUUCUUGCAACAUUUUCGCCUCAUCCAGCUCAUCUCUUCCUUCAAAAUCUCAUUUCAAUAGUUGCAAAUUGAUUUGUAGUUCUAGUAACUUUUUAGAAAGAUGCACAAAUUUGUUUAAACGUGUUCUCAUAAAUUUGAGGAUACUACCAAAUUGAAAAAGAAAAAACAAAGGUUUUCUGCCUAAUUUUCCAACGCAACUUUCCGAAAUUUUAUGAAAAGAACUAUAGCCCAAAAUCAAUCAAGAAGCCAUACUUGGAACUUUUAACACUACAUUAUACUUCACCUUGAUAAGAGGAACCAUAGUGAACAAAUUUCCAAGCUGAACUUUUGAGAGCCCUUCGAUUUCUCAAACCCAAAUAGAGUCCAAGUAUCUUCUUCCUGAAGAUUCCUUUUUUCGGAAACUAAGCCCCUAUUGGACUUUAAAAGCUACAAAAUCCACACUUCUGCUGGUAACUCUGAAAAGAGCCGCGGAAGAGGCGUGUCCACCUGGUUAGGACCAGCCGACUGUGCGGCUAGCCGUCCAGGUGUGCACAGACGUGACUCGACGGCCACGUCGGCGCCUUUCUCUCAUUGUUUUCCCGCACCGUUUGCCGCCACGGUAUUAUUGCCUCUUCCGUUGGUUGCCAACGGCUCGGCUUUUCCUUUUUUGUCUUGCUAAAAAGAUGUGCGCUACUGCAAGUAGUUUGAGCAAAAGCUGAUGAGAGUUCUCAAGCUAUCUUUUGUAAAAUGAAAAGAAAAUUUUUUAACAAGAUAGUUCUUACUCAUACCAGAGUUGUGAAUCAUGAUUUUCUCUUGGAGAAAAGAGUUUUCUCUCCAUCUUAACGGCAAAAAACCAAAAGUUCUAUGGAAUAUUCAAAAGCCCACUUUUUGUAUGAAAAUUGUCGCUUUUUUCCGAUCCUUUGUGAUUUCUCUCCACAACGUUUCCCAACUUCCAACAUUCUCAAUUUACAGAAUCACUUGGUAAGCGGCUUCAAAGGUCCCCGGAGACGAUGCCCGACGUCCGAGGGGACACACAAGCUCAUCAGAAGACCUACCAAAGACACGGCGACAGAAGAACUUCAUCUGAAGAAGACCUACUCGUGGUUCAAAGGCAGACGCCGAUGA